AAAAAGCAAAAGCAAUAGGGAAAAGCUUUCUUCUUUAUUAUUGACUCAAAACUCUGUGGGGGAAAAGAAAAUCAGAAAAAUCUCAAAAUUAGUCAGAAAAAACCCCAUAUUGAAUUGUUUAUUUGCUGUAAUUGAUCUUUUGAUCGAUCAAAAAUUUGGGGGAACUUUGAUCGGAAAAAAAUUGAGCCAGAAAAAAUGGUGUCGGCGAACAGGGAAAUGGCGGUGUAUUGCUUUGAUACCUUGGUCGCUCACUACAACAACGACCAAGCUCCCCCUCCUGCUUUCGAUGAGGGUCAACACCCAUUGUUUGUGACGUGGAAGAAAGUUGUGAAUGGUGGUGAGCCUCGUCUGCGUGGGUGCAUUGGCACUCUGGAAGCUCGGUGCAUAGUUAAUGGCUUUAGAGAUUAUGCUCUAACAAGUGCUCUUAGGGACCGCCGUUUCCCCCCAAUACAGGCUAAAGAAUUACCUACUCUUGAAUGUACAGUUUCCAUUCUGACUAAUUACGAAACUGCAGAUAACUAUCUUGAUUGGGAGGUUGGUAAGCACGGAAUAAUUAUUGAAUUCACUGACCCUGACUAUAAUACAAAGAGAAGUGCCACGUACCUGCCUGAUGUAGCUGCCCAUGAAGGCUGGACAAGAACUGAAGCAAUCGACUCGCUGAUGAGGAAGGCGGGCUACAAUGGCACCAUAACCGAGUCACUUAGGAAGAAGAUCCGUUUAACUCGCUACCAAAGCACGCUGUUCACCUUACGCUACAAUGACUACGUGGCCUACGUGAAGACGACCAGAGGCGCCACUCCGAGUAUUAAUGGGGUGAAGCCUGGCAAUUGACUGUUGUUUACCCUUUUACAAGAAGUACUCCAUCCCAAGAACACAUGAAGUUGAAGAAUCUAAUUUGUUGUUAUUGUCAUCACAUGAAACAAACUAAAUUUCCAAGUUCAGGUUAAAUGUAUGCGUGCACAAAGUUGAGGUUUCUCAGCUUUGCAAAAACAGCUGCCAUGGUGUAAGACUCGUCAUCCAUUGUUUGUAAUAAAACAAUCUUCAAUAUUUUCUCAUUGUGGCUACAUCCUCUGUUUAGCCUACGGGCAAUUGGAUGUAGCAUUAUCUAUAUUUACUACGUUUUAUAUGAA